AUUCAUUUUAGUUGAUCAAAGGCAUUCGUGCCACGCAUCCAUCCAUUCUGCCCUUUUUUUGCGCUAAAACAAACUAAGCUAAUUUACCUCCGUCAAACUAGUUUUACUAAAAAAGUUGCAAUAAUUAUGGCAGACACGAAUGCAACAACAACGACAGAUAAACAGCAACCAGAGGAACUCAACGACGCAUGGAUACGGGAUAAGCUGAUACCAAAACUGAUAGAUGACGGAAAAAUAUUCGAAAAGCAUCAAGUUCAAGUGCUCGCUGUCAACGUGAAGCCCGUAUCACUCGAUGGAUUUAUGUUAUCGGCACCGAGCAAAGUGGAAAUUGAGUUUUCAUAUGUCGAUGAUGGUGAUAAAUGUGAAGGAGGCAAAUCACGGCAUGCGGUGUCAGAUAAAUUGUGUUUAGUUGUCAAGAAAACGCCGGCGGUACCGAAAGAGGUCUACGUAGUAUGCCAGUUUGAGUUUCUCUUUGAAAACGAAUUGAUUGCCUACACGGAAAUUAUACCUUUACUAAGUCAAGCAAAAAAGUAUCCCAAAUUUUAUUAUUCCGAACGGAAGGAACUAAGUGCCGUGUGUGUUCUGGAAGAUUUCUCGCUGUACGGAUGGCGUUCGGCAAAGCAAUUGUAUAACUUACCAUUGCAACACAUUUUGAUGGCAGUUAGGGAAGUUGCGACAUUCCAUGGCGAAAUGUAUGCACUCAAGGUAUCCAAUUUGCGGGCAUUCAACAAAAUUGCGGCGCAACUCAAGGAGGCUCGUAUCGCAAAUGGGAAUAUUCAUCCGGAGUAUAACUUGAAAUUAGUCACUUGUCGCGAGAGACUUGUAAAAGCUGUGAAAAUGUAUGAAAAAGACAAAGUACCGGAAACAUUUUUGGAAAUGUUUUUGGAGUAUACGAAAAAUCCUUAUACGAUGUUUAAGAGGCAGUUUGAGCCAAUUGAGCCUCUUGCAAUUAUUUGUCACGGAGACUAUUUACGGAAUAAUAUCGCAUUCAAAUUUGAUGAAAAUGACUUACCAACUGAUGUCAUGAUGUACGAUUUCCAAACGAUGCGUUAUGCUUCGCCAAUGCUCGAUCUCACGACACUUUUAAUCGUUUCCGCAUUCCAUGAUGUUCGCGCCAAAAAUUUCGACGAAAUUUUCUCGCUUUAUCACACAACUCUUCUCGAUGCUUUUUGCGCCAAAGAGAAAAUUCAAAACCGUAACGAAGUGCCCAGUUACUUGUCAAAGGAUUCUCUGCUGAAAGAUUAUGCGCGUCACUUGCCCAACAGCAUAAUUAUCGCAGCCAGUUUUCUCCCAUUACUAAUAACGCCAAUCGAGGCAAAUUCCGUAUUCGAGUUGCGCCAACUAACGACAGAGGAAGUGAUCAAAGACACAAUGGAGCGUGGAGGCGCCUUGCUCGAUCGGGAAUUGGCUCAUAUGAUGCUGGAAUUUUAUCAGUUGUGCAAUAAAUUUGAAAUUGAAUUCAAUUGAAUAAAAACAUGCCGACAGCUAUGAAUGUAUGUUUA